UCCCCAUCUCUUCAAUUCAAUGCUCUCUUUCCUCGCUUCCUCGAAAAACUAUCCAGUGGUCCCUGUCCACUAAAGAGUCUGUAUAUUUUCUCCAUCUAUAAACCCCCCCUACUCUCAACUUUCCUCAUCUUCAUCCUCUUCAUCAAACCAGAAUCAUGAAGAUUUGUGCAAGUAUCAUCCUCUCUCUCUUUCUCUCCUUCUCUCUCGUUUCUUGUGACCCCGCUUCUUCGCCUUUGCAAGACAAGUGCUCCCCAGAGUUCACAAAGCUAGGGGAGUGCUUGAGCUACGCAGCUGCAAAGACGGACACGCCCUCUAGUACUUGUUGUGCCUCUGUAAGUGAUAUCAAGCAGAAGGAUCCGGUGUGCCUCUGCUACAUAAUCCAGCAGGCUCAUUCUGGGGGUUCAUCGGCCACGAGCCUGGGACUGCAGAUGGAUAGGCUCAUCAAGCUCCCCGCUGCAUGCAAGCUUGCGAGCGUAAAUAUCAGUGAAUGCCCAAGGAUUCUCAACUUAUCGCCAAGUUCACCAGACUACGGUAUCUUCACCAAUGCCACAAAAGCUGCUACGACACCAGCAGUGCCUUCAGGAUCUUCUGCUGCCAGCAGCAGUACUGGCAGUGGCAGCAGUUCUGGCGGCAUCAUGAAUAAGAUCAACCUCGCAGGCAUCUUUGCAGCGACCAUGAUCUCUGCUCUCUGCUCUGCCAUUUUCUAAAUAGAAGCUUGAAUUAGUAGCCGAUGUUGUAUUUGUUUUCAGUUAAAUAUUCUCCAUGUGCUAGAUUUAAUGUUUUGUGUAAGAUGAAGACCUUGUUGAGAGCUUAGUUUUUGUGAGUUUCAAUAACUUGACUCAAAGUUUCUUUUUUUAUUGCGA